AAGGGGUGGGCACAAAUGAAGGCACAUAGGAUAGCUGCAGCAGGACAGGCAAGACCUGGGAAGCAUUUAUUUCCCUGGGGUGGAGAGAGGGCACAAGCUUCAGACAGGAGCGAGGAAGGAGAUCUGAGAACAACAGAGAGAGAAACUGGGAGGCAAGACACUCAGAGAGUGCAAUUGCCUCUGGAAUCACGGACUCUUGAUCAGAUCAUUGCAGAAGGAUACCAAGUCCUCCGGACUGAUAGACGAUCUGCUGGCUGGGUCACUCCCCUCCCCUUCCCUCUGCUUCAUUCAUUUCUUUCCCUCCUUUCCUUCCUCCUCUGAGUGCAGCCAUCCAAGGAGGGGCCAUCCUGGUAGAGCCAGGCCCAAGCUCUCUGUCCCCUGCUCUUCAUUGUUCCUGCAGUGCUGCUGUCACGCUGCUCACCCGGAGGCACACAAAGCCAAAGCAGGCUCUGAUCUGGCUGUGACCUGAAGCUGUCCUGCAACAGAGCAGCCCAGCGAGAGAGAAUGCGGAGAGGCUCCACCCUGGCAGUUCCAUGGCUCCUACUCCUGGCUGUUGCCUCUUGUUGUGGGCGGUACGAGAAGCCAGCCUUCCCCCCAGUCUUCACACGCAGGCCCUUCCUGGUAGCCUGGAACAUGCCCACCCAGGACUGCAAGCCCCGCUUCAAGGUCCAACUGGAUUUCAGCCUUUUUGACCUCCAUGCCACGCCCAAUGAGGGCUUUGUGGACCAGAACAUCACCAUCUUCUACAAGGAACGCCUGGGUCUGUAUCCUUACUACACUCCGCAGGGAGUGGCAGUGAAUGGUGGGGUCCCACAGAACAGCAGCAUCCUGGAUCACUUAGACCGGCUCCCUGAGGGCAUCAACAAAUACAUUCGCUCGGAGACCAGGGAAGGCCUGGCUGUCAUUGACUGGGAGGAGUGGCGACCCAUCUGGGUCCGGAAUUGGAAGCUCAAGGACAUCUAUCGCCAAGCCUCCCGCCAGCUGGUGAAGUCCAACCAUCCUGACUGGCCAGAGGACAGAGUAAACAAAGAGGCCACCUUUGAAUUCGAGACCUCGGCCCAGAAGUUCAUGAUCAGCACCCUGCAGCAUGCCAAGAACUACCGACCCAAGAAACUGUGGGGCUACUACCUCUUUCCAGACUGCUACAACCAUGACUACAGCAAAAACCAGAAGACCUACACAGGGCAGUGUCCAGAUGUAGAGAAGAGCCGUAAUGACCAGCUGGCCUGGCUGUGGAAGGAGAGCACAGCCCUCUACCCCUCCAUCUACCUGGACCAGAUGCUGGCCUCGUCUGAGAAUGGGCGCAAGUUUGUGCACUGGCGGGUCAUGGAGGCCAUGAGGAUCUCCCAUCGGCACCAUGAUGGCUACUCCCUGCCUGUCUUUGUGUACACCAUGGCCACCUACAGUCGCACAAUAUCUAUGCUGAGUCAGGUAGACCUGGUCUCCACUGUUGGGGAGAGCGCUGCCCUGGGGGCAGCUGGCACCAUCUUUUGGGGUGAUGCUGACCAAACAGGAAGCCGGGAGGCCUGCCAGAGCAUCAAGACCUACAUGGAGGGGGAGUUGGGUCGCUACAUCGUCAAUGUCACCACAGCCGCCCAGCACUGCAGCCAGGAGCUGUGCCAUGGCCAUGGGCGCUGCCUGCGCAAAGACAGCAACUCCAACGCCUUCUUGCACCUCAACCCUGCCACCUUCCGCAUCCAGCGCCGGCAGAUGCCCGAUGGGCAGGAGCCACUGCUGUGGGCGGAUGGAGAAUUCUCUUCAGCAGAUACUGCCUACCUACGGACCCAUUUCCAGUGCCACUGCUACCUGGGCUGGGAGGGUGAGGCAUGUAAGCAGUCAGUCAGUGGUGCCAGGGACACAUUUAACCCACUUGGUGUCCUGGACCUCCUGGUGCUGAUGACCCUGGCACUCCUCACCUGCUUGGGCUAGCCCCUGCCUGACUCACUUCCUCGUGGGAGGGGCUGGGCACUGUAGAUUCUAUCUGUAGCUGGGGCACAGACAGAGAAGCCACAAGCCUUUUGUAUCUUGUUUAGUGGCAAUGUAGCAAAACUGUGUGACAGGCCUACCUCUCCUGCCACUGGCCCCUUGAAAGACAAGAGGCUGCUCCAGGCACCUCUGCUCUCCAUGGCAGCUGCAACGGGGGUGCCUGAGGAAUGACAUCUGGUGGCAGCUGGCAGGGGUAUCUGCCUUGGUGGAGAAGAGCAUGGAUGGGACUUGGACUGACUUCUUUCCCCUGGGACAGGGAGCUUGUCAUGAGCUUCCCCUCUGUUCUCCCUGUCUCUGGAUUGGCACCAGCACCUGACAGCAAGAGGGAGCACUCACCCCUAUCUCAGUGGGACUUGUGGAAUGAGAGCAGUUGUGGAGGGGUCUGGGCUUUCAGCAGGAGCCCAGUGUCACUCCCCCCCCCAACCCUCCACUUUAGGCCAGGCCUGAGCAGGUGCUAGGAGUAAUAGAGCCCUUCUCCUGUUGUAAGGAGAGGGCUAGGUAAGCACUGAGAAACAGAUGGGGGGGCAGGGGGUGGUCUGCUGCAAUGAGACCACCUGUUUGGGCAGGCCCUAUAGGGUCAAAUGCUGCUGUAUAUGUCUUAAAAACACUCUGUGGGGGAUGCUGGUGGGAGAUGCCCCCAGCACAGCCCUGCCCAGGGGAAAUGACCCUGUGUCUGUUACAGAGAAACCAAAGUGCUUUACCUCAGAAUUAAAAAAUGGAAAGAG